AUGACAGACGGGACGCUGAAUGAGUCGAACGAGAUGAUGAUGAUUAGGGAGAUCGAAGCUCAAGCAAAGUUCCGAGCCACGGCUUCGUCACGGACUUCCAGGACGAGCGGUCAAGGAGUGGACGGGCAAGAGCAGAUCGAGGACGAGGAGAUCUUUCACAGCUUCACGCCGGCUUCCUUCGACUUGUUGGUUCCGGUACUCAAGCUCAAGCUCGACUCUGUCCGUCCCCGAUUCGAAAACCUUCCUGCGCCCGCAAGCUGUCAAAACCGGCAUCCUAAAUUCGUCGAAUCUAUUAGUUUACUCACCGGAUGGUCUGAUCUCAUUUGUUCUAGUAUAAUCUUAACUGAAAGAGAGUGA